AUGAGUGCUGUGCCUUAUGAGAAGAUUUGUGAAUUGGCAAGUCCCCUUUAUUUCCCUUUAGAGAUUGAUGGAGCCAUAUAUAUGGUUUCACAAAAUGGAGACAUUUUGAAAUUCAAGGAUGGAUAAUUCAAGGCUGAGUUUCAUAUAUCUGGAUAGCCAUACUCAAUUGUGAUUGACAAGCCUAACAAAUUUAUAUAUGUGGCUGAUAUGGCUCACUAGGCAAUUUUAAAGAGAUAUAUUGAUGAGAACAGUUAAGAACAAAUUGUAGAAUAUUUGAAAGAUUAUGAAGGAUAACCAUUAUUGGGACCUAAUUCGCUAUUAUUGUCAACCAAAAAUAAUUUGUUAUUCUUUACUGAUUCUGGACCAUUUGGUGAAACUUCAAUUGAAAAUUGUAAGGGAUCUCUAUUUGCUAUUGACAUGGAUGCUUAAAUUGUUAAGCCCUUAGCAUUAUAAUGUUUAUCUUAUCCAAGUGGUAUAUGCUUGAGCAAUAAUUAACAAUUAUUGUAUUUGUGUGAGACAGGAAAAAAUAGAGUAUUGCGUUUUGUUUAGACUGAUGCAGGCAUCUUUUACUAUAGCACCUAUAUAUAAUUAAAUGGUAGAUUUGGUCCCAUUGCUUGUGCAGUAUCAUAAUCAGAGCAUCUAUAUGUUGCCAGAUUUGAAUUUGGACAUGUUUCAGAGGAAGGGUAGAUAAGCAUAUUUAAUGCAAACGGAUUGAAUGUGGAGAAUGUUUCCAUUCCACAAUGCCCUGAAAUAUCAGGAUUAACAUUUUCAAGCUAAAAAUCGAACAUUCUUUAUGUUACUGAGAAUUCAUCAACACCAAGUUGUUUGCGUAUUUUGAUUAACAUUGAAGAAAAGGACGAGGCAAAGAAAAAGGAUAAAGAUAAAUUUAAAUGA